CCGAGGCACGCGUUCGUUGGGAGAGUACCGAUACUGAAUGGAGAGCUCUGGAAGGACUUCAAGGCGACAUCGGGUUGAAUUGAUCUGGCAGUAUAAACCUACGGGACUGAAUUAUUCGAUGGUCUUAAGUAUAGCCAUACUGAUAAAAUUAUUGUUGUUAUCAAUAUUUACGAACGCCUUGUCUGCUAAGUAUCGUAUGAUUGUUAAAGACCCCAUAGGAACAUUCGGUACGGUCAAGUACGGGUCGGGACCUCCAAUUCAUUCAAACUGCCUAAUCGGGCAUGUUCAUGGUUGGGUGUGGAAAGUAGCGGAGGCGUACCCCUCGGGCCAUCGGAAUCUUACCCCAAAUCCUUACCGAACACAUAUUUGUACUUCUACACACUGGUCAACUUUGACAUGCAAUCCGAAGGGCCAGAAUGUAAGUUGCAAUGUUUCUGAGAGUUUUGUGUUAUUGGUAUUAUACCCAGCUAGCAGCCAUGUCCUCUCAAUUAGCAUAGCCGUCACAAAGUAGUAGUCUUGGAUGAAAUUGGGCCAUUCCAAAGAACAUUAAAUAUCGCCAGACACUAUAGUACAAUAAAGC